AGAUAUCAAGGUGUGAGGCACUUUGUGUCAAGUGGGUUGUUUUGGAAGGAGCUCAGGAGCUCCGGUCACGCCAUGGAGGGAGUUCCAUCCGACGUCUUGGAAAACUUCAAGCGUUUCGAUACCGACCAGUCAGGAUCCAUCUCCCGAGAUGAGCUGACAUCCGUGAUGCAAGCCUUGCAAGCGGAUUGGACGGAAGAAUCCACAGAUGAAUUGCUGUGUCGGAUUGAUGUCAGUUUGGAUGGCCAGCUCCAAGUGGAAGAAUUCUUGCAGUGGGUGUUUGCUAUCAACAAGGCUGAAGAUGAGGGCGCAGAUAGCCUUCCACUUCCCGACAUGCAGGAACAGACCUUGAUACUUGCAGGUUGCUCACGUGAGAACUUCAAUGGAGAGUAUGUGAAGGAGUCUGGGACUUUGCACAACGGCCGGCCAGUCUUUUACUGUGCCAAGAAUGCAAAGUAUCUCUUUUACAACAGCAAGAGACAGCAGUGGCAGGUUUUUCACGACCUGGGCAAGUUGACCUCGCUCUGCUUGAAGACGCAGCAGGGUCCUCAAACCGCAGCAACCUGGAACGUUUGGGAUCGCAAAAAGAAGGCCUUUAAACCUGAACCGGACGUGAGCUGCACGGUGAAAGAGCCACCGUCUCCCGAAGAGCUUUGUGCUUCUGCACCUCCGAUUGUUCAUCAGCCCAUGGGCGGACAAAACGGCUACGGUCUGGGACUCUUCCGGAAGACCGACGAGAUCUUCAACGGUCGCCCUGUCUACGUGCGAACUGAGCUCCCUUCGCAGAAAAAGACCUAUUUGUUCUAUCAAGAAGCCCAAGUUGCAUACAACUCAGAGAAGAAAGCGUAUCUUCCAAACGGCGACAAGAAUAAGAUGAAGCGAUGGAAGAAGAGCCCGGCUCUCUCAGAACAGGCCUAUUGCUUCAACCUCAGUGAGAAGACCGAAAGCUAUUCUCCGCAUGAAGCCAAAUGGGUCUCAGGAGGCAAAGUCUUGAAGUGGUUCACGCCAGAUCCCGCUGACUGUCCUGAGCGAGUCUGGAAAAAGGCGAGCGCCGAAGAUUUGGAACCAGUCCCAGAGGGCUGGAAGGAUCCGGACUUCCCUCACGACGAGUCAUCGCUCUACAACCCAAAAAAACAUGAAUGGCUGAGAGCAUUCGAGCUGUCAAAGCACCAGACGGGCACCUUCAAGCCUACCCUCUUCGGUGACGAAGGACCAGAACCUGAAGAUGCCAUUCAAACAGGCUUAUGUAAUUGUUGGUUUAUGGCAGCAAUCUCCACCUUGGCGGACAAGUUCCCAGACUAUUUGGAAAGCCUGUUCUUGACCAAAGAGCCGUCUUUGGAAGGCAAGUAUCAGAUCCGCCUUUUCCGCUUUUGGCCAUCAGAUGAGCCUUGGGAAGACAAGGAGUGGCUAACUGUGACCAUUGACGACUACUUGCCCUGCAAACCCGGCCGCAGCAACCAGCCAAUGAUGACGAGGGAAUUGUUGUAUGGAAGGCUGAACAUGGGCAAAAUGUGGGUGCCAUUGCUGGAAAAGGCUUUCGUGAAGUAUUGGCAUAAGCACAGCUACAAGAGCUUUGUGGGAUCGAUUCCCGAGAUGGCCUGGCAAGCUCUGACAGGGCAGAAAACCGGCUACAUGAUCUAUGGAGCUCCGCACAAACCUGAGCGACCCAAAUGGCAGCUAACGGAAGACGUUGAGGUGGUGAAAGAUCCUGAGGAUGAUUUCGUCAUCGGCAGCUUAAAAUGUGGGGCGACAGUUCAGGAAGUAGAAAGAUGCUUCUCUUAUUUGAAGUUUGAGAAGAUUGAUGGUGAUGGGCCAGAUGAAGGUUGGAUGCCAUACUACGUAAAGGGAAAGAAGGUUGGGCAAGUUGCGACUCCGUACCCUUGGCAUUCGUAUGACAGCAACGGCGACGGAAAGACGGAAAGGUCGGAGGAUUGGAUUUGGGCCAAGCUCCUGGAAGUUGCUGCUGGAAAUUAUUUGGUGGCGACUGACCCUUCCACAACGCGUAGCGAGUGCAAAAGCAAUGGAUUGCACUCAAGCCAUUCCUACGCAUUCUUGGAUGCGAAAGAGAUGGAUGGUUGGCGUUUCUUGUUUGUACUUCAGAGGCUUGGUGUGUCUCCGCAACCCAUGGGGCAGAUCUGAGUGGCUGGGCCCCUGGAGUGAUCUGGGUGACGAAUGGCAAGCGCACCCUAAAGUGGACGAGGCUUGCAAACGUUUGAGUCAGGACGACGGGCUAUUCUGGAUGGAGUUUGGUGACUUUAAGUACAUGUUCGGCGGCUUGCGGGUCACACCCUUCACCCCACCAGAGGGAUGAAGGACAUUGGUCUUUGAGCAGACUUAUAUAAUUGGCAGCGUCGACGCAGAACUGCGUUGCCUUUGCUUAUUUCGCUGCUUUUCUCACCAUCGACGUGGCGCAGCAAAGCUGUUCCGAAACAACGGCCUCGAGUUCUGCAUGAC